AAAAUACAUUGUGGCCAUGUCCGCUUUAAAAUUAAAUUUUCAAUACCAAGCAUCGCUGUGGCCAAAUAAUGAUUCGUCAAAGAAAGGUCCUAGUAUAUAGAAUAUACAUGUAGGGUAUGGAAAAUAAAUAGAUGUCAAAUAGGUCCUUUAAUAAAUUUUUAAUAUCAUUCUUUCACUAUUAAAUUAGUUAGUUGGAACAUACUCUAUGAAAUGGGAGAAAUAGUUUCAUUAUAGAGUUCUAUGUAACUCUACUCCAAGAAUCAUAAUGGGAAUUAGGGAAAAAUGAAUGGAUUACAUAAAAUGCAUUUUAAUAUUAGACAAAAAUAAGAGUAGGAAUCCCUAUAACUAUACUUGUGAAAAAGAUCUAAAUAAGUGAAAGAGUCUAGAAAUUGGAAACUAAGAAUUUACUAAUUUUCAUGAUAAAUUUUAUAAUUAUUCAAUCUUUUUGGUAAAUAUUCUUCUGACAUCAUCUACUAGCUAGAAUUUAGGUACUUGACAGAAAAACUCCCAAAAACCUCCCUUUACAAUUUAUUCGACAAUUAGAAAAAUAACGUCAUAUCCAAAUUUUGACAUCAUCAGAGAAAUAACAACCAGAUAAAGUAAAGAUAAUAUUAAUGUAAAAAAAUGUUAAUUAUGAAGUAGGUCCAACACUCCACUUUACAGCGAUUCCAGACUAUAGACCGUCAUCAAUAAACCUACAAUAGAAUUAAGAAAAUCUAUUUAUGAUACCAGGUAGAAGAUAUUUAUGAAUACCUCUUAAUAUGUAAUUGACCAAGAGACUUGAAAACUCAUAACUUAAUUUACCAUCCUAAAAAUCUUAAACCUUUUAAGAAAGAAGGAUCAAAUAUGAAUUUUUUUUAAGAGGGACAUAGAUUAAUAUAAGAUUACAAAGAAGUUCCACAUCAUAGUAUAGAUCACUUAUUAAAGAUCUUAAAUUAAGAUCCAAA